AUGAGAGCCCAUGGGAUUGAAGAUCUCAAUAAUGCUUGCAACAAUGGAGGACUUUCCAUGAGCGAGUUCCAAAACAAGGUCGAAAGCAGCAACAACUACACCAAGCGCACCUACUUUCUCCGAACCACCACCACAAACCGGUUCAUGACCUACCGUGCAAGCGAAAAAUGUGGUAAAAGAAGUUUCCUAACAUUGAACUCUCUCAUUGAACAUGGCAAAUAUUCGAUAGAUAGGACUGUCUCUCCCAUGCCAUUGUUGUCACCAACUAGGGUUGGAUUGUUCAGGCCUUCCACGAUAAUGGGAAAGUAUGAUAAAAUUUUCGAUUCAAUGGAUGAAGAAGAAGACCUAGCGAAGUGUUUGGUGAUGUUAUCGAAUAGAAAAAAUGAGAAUGAAGAGGAAGACAAGGGUAAAGAAGUGGUGGUGAAAGGUAUGUUUCAAUGCAAGGCUUGUAAAAAGGUUUCUAAAUCACACCAAGCAUUGAAAGGGCAUAGAGCUAGUCACAAAAAGGUCAAAGGUUGUUUUGCUUCAAGAUUCGACAAUACAGACGAUAAUAAUGAAGAUAUUGAUGUCGAGAAAGAUGUCCUCGUUCAAGCCAAUCUCUCCCUAUUGAUUCAUAAUCUCAAUCAAACAUCAUUGGAGACUUCAAGGAAGUCCAAAAUGCAUGAAUGCUCUAUUCAAUAUCUAUCAAUACAUAAUUUAUUCUCUCUUUUUCUCUAUAUAUUAAUUCUAACAUGCUCAAUUUGUCACUGGGUGUUCUCAUCAGGGCAAGCCUUUGGUGGCCAUAAAAGGUGUCAUUGGCUUACCUCUAACAUGCCAGAUAAUACAUACUCAACAAUAAUACCAAAGUUUCAUGAGUUCCAAUAUGAUAAUCAUCAACUAUUCAAAAAACCCAUGUUCGAAAAGUCUCAACCGCUCGAUCUCAACCUCCCCGCGAGUCUUGAUGGUAAUGAUGAAGCUCGAAUCAACCACGAUAAACCAUCAAAUUUUGGAGCCGUAAUGAGGAUCUAUCUACCUCCACGGGGAAAAGAAGACAUGGAUGUGAAUCACAAGAAAAGUGAGGGUAAUAGUGAAGAACACUGUGAGGUGAAGAUAUCAAAACUGAGUGAUCUGAGGGAUAUGAGCUUGGAUGGAGAGUAUUUGACAUGGUUGCAAGUGGGAAUUAUUCCAACUACUGAUGGAGGAAUUGGAUCGAGCAACAACCAAUUCGGUUUUUCUUUUCUUUAAUCUAGAUCAAUAAUCGGUAUAUUGGCUUCGCUCACAUUAAGGGAAGUACUCUUUUAUCAAGAUGGUGUAAUUACAUAUUCAUUAAUUAAACUCAAAUUUA